AUGGUUCCAGCAACAAAUGUUAAUUUAGAAAUUCCACAGGUUAUGCUUGGUGAUCCGGAAUUUACACGGAGUUCCAAAAUCGAUGCACUUUUGGGUGCUGAAACCUUCUUUGAAAUUGUUAAGGGUGAACAAAUACGUUCAUCUCUAAAUUCAUUAAUAUUUCAAAAUACUGUAUUUGGUUAUGUCGCUGGUGGCUAUGUAAAUACAAACAAUCAGGAGCCAUGUACUAAUAAUUUAUGUAGUUUAGUUUCUCUAAAUGAGAAUAUAGAAAAAGUAAUCGAAAAAUUCUGGUUAGUGGAAAAUAUUAGUGAAGAAAAUACUAUUCUUAGUACUGAAGAAAAGUUUCGCGAGUUGCAUUUUAAAGAAACCCACACUAGAAAUAAGGAUGGUCGAUUUGUAGUCAAAAUGCCGAUGAAAGAAGGUUUGUUGGGUGAUUCUAAAGCCUUAGCCAACGUUAGACUUAACCAAACAGUUAAGCGAUUGCAUAAGAAUCCCAUGAUGCAAAAUUUAUAUAAGGAAUUUAUUGCAGAAUAUGAAAGUUUGGGUCAUAUGGAAAAAGUGAAUAAUGACCUUUGUGAAGGAUUUUAUUAUUUGCCUCAUCAUGGAGUUUACAAACCUGAAAACUCAACCACAAAAUUAAGGGUUGUAUUUAAUGCCAGUGCCCCUAGUACAUCGGGACAAAGUUUAAAUGAUUUGCUUCUUGCCGGUGCAGUGAAAGAAAAUAUUUUUGAAAUAAUGACUAGAUUUAGGACUUAUAAAUAUGUAUUUAUGGCAGAUAUUAAGAAGAUGUACCGUCAAAUAUUAAUUGAUGAAUCGCAAAGAAAUCUGCUAAAAAUAUUAUGGAAGAUGGCACAGCUGUCAAUAAACUUAUUGCCAGUAAAUCAAGAGUUGCUCCCAUUAAAGUAA